GUAGACAACAUUAACAGGUAAACUUAAAAAGUGAAGAUUAGUGAUUUUUUGAGUUAGCAAGAAGGUAUUGUGGUCAACUGGUAGGCCUACUAAAAAAAUCGUGGUGAGUCGCUUACUUUGAAAGCAACGUUAUGCACUACUUGGUGUAUCGAGGGACUUGCCAAUAAAUAAUGUAAGCUCAACUGCGUUAGUAAUGGGGGGAAAAAACUGAAGCUUCAUUAAAAGCAUUAGUGGUUCACAGUUAAGAAAAUGAUAUGACUUAGCCAUUCAUUUGUUUUAAACUUAAUUGUAUGGACUUCUUGUUGUAAGUCAUAAAUAUAGGUCAAACUCGUAAAAAAAUUAGUUCAAUUUUCAAAUGAGAGUACAUUACCUAUACCAGAUGACAAUCAUCACGGACUAAAAUUUGCAGUUGGUUAUACAAUAUAGCUAUUGACAUUUUGGUAAGCAAAUAUAAAGUCUUGGAUGUGCUGAAAUGAAAGUCACCGUGAACUUUGGUAAUGUGCGGGUGAUAGUGCCAUGUGGAAACGGAGAAAUCUUGGUCCGAAAGUUGAUGGACUUGUCUGUUACCCGUUACAAAAAAGCAAUAGGAAAGCCACCAGAUGCCUGGAUAACCAUUCACAACCUCAAACUUUCCAGUGAUGGUGGCAUACUUGAUCCUGAUGACCAGUUGAAUGAUGUGGCUGAUGACAGAGAACAAAUAAUUGCCAUUUAUGAAGAACAAGGUUCUCUUUUUCCACCACAUAAUGAAGGAGAUGGUACAAGUGCUAGCUCUGUGGGAACAGAAAGUCCUGACAUCUUCAGGGGAAGUGAAGAGGUGAAAGAGCCAUUCACUGAAAAUGAUGUGGAAAUCACUGCAGACUAUAUUUAUAAUGGUCUAACGGCUCUCCAUGUACGAAGGGGAAGCGAAUCUGCUCUUAAUUGUCUUUUACCAAUUUCUACCAAUCUUGAUCCAAGUAAAAGGUGGUCUGCAGCAGUUAUCAUAGACAAUGAUCCAUGUGGGACAUCAAAAUUGUCUUCAAGUGAUGAUCUGGAUCAUUCUGUUAAGGUUUUGCCUGCCGCUGAAGCUGGACAAGAAGACCUUGGUUUUACAAGAGUCAGUCAGGGAACAAGAAGAAUGUCCAUCUUGGGCAGUGGUUCCAACGUCCUGUCUUGGGAAGAAGCAGCAGACAGGCAACUGCUUAGAAUUCAGGAUACCAGAAAAGAACCACUUGGUGGGUCAGGUACACCAUCUGAUCAGUCAAGAGACAGAGAUAGUGAAUCUUCAGGUGUCGGUGAUUACAGAGAAAAUCCAGUUACCUUAAAGAAUGUAUCUGGUCCUUUAGGCAUUCAUGUCAUUCCAGACUAUGAUUCCAACGGAAGAAAUAUGGGGCUAGUUGUGCAUGGUGUUGAACCUGGUGGCAGAGUUGACCAGGAUGGACGGCUUCAUGUUGGAGAUCGUAUCAUUGACAUCAAUGGGCAAAGUUUACUUCAUGUUAGCUUCCGAAAAGCUCAGGAAAUAUUUAAAGAUGCAUUAAGAGAACCAGAACUUAGGAUACGCUUUGCCAAGAAUUCAUUGUAUACAGGCUCUGUUCAAAAACCUAAAAAGCCUCCUCCCCCUGUUUAUCCAAAACCCCUGGUCUCGAAAGAGAGACCAAAAGAUGAAAGUGAAAGAGCAGACUUGGUGGAAGAACUAGAAAAAGGUUCAAAUUCAAAGGUUGCCACAAUAACAUCAACAAAAAAUACUCCUUUAUCUGUGCCAUUGAAUCAAAAGAAUAUUUCUCUCACCUCAAACACAAGGAAGAUUGGACAGAAAAUUUUGAUACAGCUGACAAAAGGCCAAGAUGGCUUUGGUUUCAGCAUAACAACAAGGGAUAAUCCUGCUGGUGGGAACUGUCCCAUUUACAUUAAAAACAUUCUACCUAAAGGUGCUGCAAUUCAAGAUGGUAGACUGAAACCAGGAGAUAGGCUUUUAAAAGUCAAUGAAGAAGAAAUGACUGGUUUAUCGCAGACAGAAGCUGUUGACAUUUUGAGAAAGACUCCAUUAGGAGGAACUGUGAAUUUAAUGGUUUCUCGACAAGAAAUCAACCCUACUUCCAGUUCUGACUUACCCCAAGAAAUGCCACCAGAUAAAAAUGAAGAGGAAUUUGGCAUCUAUCCUUGGAAGCACAAAGAGAUAUUGACCUUUGACAUUCCAUUAAAUGACACAGAAUUAGCUGGUUUAGGUGUCAGUGUGAAAGGCAAAACCAGUACAACUCGGGAUGGUUCUGUAGAUUUGGGUAUCUUUGUUAAAUCCGUUAUUCAUGGUAGUGCUGCAUCUAAGGAUGGCCGACUUCACAUCGAUGAUCAGCUCAUUAAAAUUAAUGGCAUUUCUUUGCUAAGAAUGAAAAACACAGAAGCCAUGGAAAUGCUUCGCCAUGCUAUCAUUAAAAAGGAAGGCCUUAGUAGUGCUACUGAAUUCAUUACUCUUACCAUUGCUCGAGAAACAUUUUUGCCGGCUCAGAAUUCGGAAAAUAUUGUUCCCUUCCUCUCAUCAUUUAGUCAGGACAAUUCAACCUUUUAUGGCAGUGGUGAUUCUUCCAUUGGAGACACCCAAGAGAACUCCACUCGUCUGCUGGAAAAUGAACCUUCUGCUCCAGAUAAUUCUACCAGUGAAAGUUUAGAAGACACAGUAAUAUUGGUUCCCAGAUCAAGAGCUCUUGGAAGUUUUGAUGCAGAAAAUUUAGACAUGGACAUACAAGAAACCAAACUAUUGGGUAGAAACCCUGUUAUUGACAGAUUAACAGGCCAAGAUACUAAAGCCAAUGCACUUGGCAAUGAGUUGUACUUUCAGGAAAGCCUUGAAAAUUGGGGAGAUAAUCAGUUUUUUGCAUUACAUGGGGAGAUUACUAGACAGGAUAGCCUUAAAAAUGAUCCAACCUUCUCUCCAACAGUUAAUAUACCAAUGUCUGAAUCUGUGAUUAUUGAAGGAUUAUAUGGAAAUCCAGUUCGACCCAAAUCUUUCUAUAGAUCUUCCACAUCAAACAACCUAUACUCGGCUUCUGCAAAAAAUACGAGUCACACAGAAGGAAGUAAAACUGCAGACAGUGAGGAACAAAGUACAUUGGUAGACAAAGAAGUCAUAACAAGCCAGCUUUCAUUGGAUGAUGAAAGGCAAUUCACCCUAUCCCGAGAUGGACUUGGUCGCCAAAGUAUGUCAGAAAAACGACAUGCCCAGCUGGAUGCUCAUAACACUGAUACAUUUCAGCGUAACAAGCAAGCUCGUGAAGGGCGACAAAAACAGGUGGAACCUGAGGAACAACAAAACUCACAAAACCAAGAAAAGCAUGAGCUUCAAGAAGUAUUAUUUAGUAAAAAACAAAAGAACGGGAGCUUUCAGUCACCAGGCUCUCACUGUUAUUUAGUGCCCUCUGGUGGAGAUAAUAUAAAGAGCAUCGAGUCACAGGUGCAGAUUGGCCCUUCUCUUGGGAUGAGAAAGUCUAGCAGCCUGGAAAGUCUUCAAACUCUUGUCCAAGAACUUCAGAAAGAGGAAUAUAGUCAAGUUAGGGGCUCUGGUUGUCCCACGGGCAAAGCUACUCGAGGAUGUGGCUGCAACGAGAGUUUCAGAGCUGCAGUUGACCACUCCUAUGAAGGACCUGUCACUGAAACCAUGGAAACCUUGGAUGAAGACAAUGAAAGCAGCAGUUCUAAUGGGCAGGGGGUUCAUGGACAAGUAUCAACUACUAGAAAUAUCCAACAAACCUCUGUCAGCAGUAACCCUUUGAAUGGGCAACAAAACUCAGGAAAAACAGCAAAGAAAAAAGGACUGCUGAAAGGAUUAGGUUCAGUUUUUAAGUUUGUGAAAAACAAAAAAUCACAACAGGAACAAGGAAAUAAAUUAUCUAGAAAAGAAACUGAAGAAGUGGAAGGACAGUCACAAGCAAGACAAACUGCUCAGGAGGAACAAGAAAGGAUACAAGAACAGUACAGAAAGCUAGUAGAAAAACAGAAGCAACAACAGACAUGUAGCAAUGAAUCCUUGGCAUCAGCCAAUCACAUUCCACUUCAGAUUAGGCAAGAGCGGAUGCUUCAACUCAGAGCUCAACACCAGAGACAACACGAAGAGCGGCAGGGCCAUUAUCCUAAAGAUAAAGAAGAAGAGGUUUAUGAGAAAGAGAUAAUGGAUGCCAUUCAUCAUCAGCCUAGACAAGAGACUGAAGUCCAACAUGGUAGGUUCAAGAGCUCUGGCAUCUUUAAGGAAAUGGAAAGACCGGGAAGCAGGAUGGGCUUUGCAGAUCCAAGCAAGUAUGUCCAUUACAUGAACUACAAAGAAAUUCAACAGCAUCUACAGAAAUUUAGACAACAUCAACUACAGAAUCUAUCUCGUAAGCUUCAGAUUACUAAAUCUUCUCCUGUAGACCGAAGAGAUAGGCCGAUCUCAAAUUUCUUUGAGUAUGAUAGCAUGCAGAUUCAUCAGCAAGUUGGGUUUGAGCAGAAUAAAGAGUCCGACACUAACUCUUUACCCCGUCAUUCCAGUAUACUUGGUCAUCCAAAGAAACAAUCUUCACCAUCUGUUCAAACUCAACGCUAUAAAAGCCACCAAGUCCCUCCCUUACAGUCAGUAGACAUUCAUUCAUUACACAGGCCCAGUGUUUCCACUGGUUCUGCCAAAUUGCAAUGUGUUUCAGACCAGUUGUCAGGUAGUGCUUUGCUUUCGUCACAUAGAAAGACAAUACAAUAUGAUCAAGGUUCUGGAUCCAAAGUUUAAUACAUAUGCAAUUUGUUUAGCAGUUUAGACAAUUAGAAGUUUACACUCUUUCUUUUAUAUGUAUGUAUCAGUGGCAUCGCCUGGUAUGAAAUUUUGGGUGGGUCUGAGCAGGAGGCAUACACACUCUUGGUGGCAAGUUCCAGGAAGCUAAAACAACAACAACACUAUGUACGAAAUAUUUGUAUGUGGGAACCGUCAAGCAGACUGAUUGGGUAGGCCUAGGUGCUAAGUGGAGAGGCCAUGGCCUACACAGACUCACCUGAACUUGUGUCACUGGUAUGUAUGUGUAUACACACAUAUAUCUCUCACACCACAGUAGAAGAUACUAACAUUAAUCAUGCAUUCUUUAAAUUAAAAUUAUCAAAGCAAUAAUAUCUUUUAGAUAAGAAUUCCAGCUCCAUGUUCUUAAAGACUUUCCCUUCUUUAUUUGGCUGUAGUAACUGUGAUAACCAUUACAUAACAUCUUAGCAACAAAAACGAAAUAAAUUUAUAUUUUAUGUAAUGUGAUGGCAUUAUUUACUCUGAACAGUCCUUAGUGUUAUUGAAUUAUUACUGUAAAGGCUUAGUUCAGUGGUAGAGGAAAACGUUUUAUGGGCUCUGGUGCUGCAUUUUGCUAUAGAUCAACUCUCAGUAUAAAUUUUAAGAUAUUAUAAUGAUUAGAGGUGCAAUUUUUUUUUUCAAAAUUAUCUUUGACAAUGAAAACAGUUCUGAUUUUAAGUAUUAAUGGCUUAUAAAGUUAACGUUUUGUGUGCCUUUGAUUUAUUAGAAACUUUUUUUCUUGCCCCUUUUUCGCAAUUUCAUCAAUAAGCCAUUCCAGGUAAAAUUUUCUUCCCCUUUUUAUUUUCACUCAGUCUCACUUCUCCCAUUGUAGGUCAUAAGUAGUUUUUAGUGAGCUUGAAUUUGGGAAGUGAUCAUUCAGUACUAGACACUGUUACUAUUAAGGUUAAAAACAGCACCAACAUUGUACAAACUUCUGAAAAUGUUGAUGAAUGUGACACAUUUUCCACUAUUAAUAAUGUUGCUAAGAGCUUAACAGUUUAUAAUUUCAAAUUUAAAGUGACUUUUGAAAUGACUAAGUAGUUUCUUAGUGACCUCGAACAUUUCCUUGUUUGUUUUUAGGCAUCUGUCGAACACAUUAAGUUUGAAGUAUUGAUAAACCAUUCGUCUAUGCAAAAUUUAUCAAAAUGACACUCCAAUUUCUGCCUCUUCAUAGGUAUUGUUGGGAUUCCACUUUUCAAGAAUUUUGGUGUCAAAUUUCUUGAAGACAUCAAACUCAUUUGGCAUCUUAGCCAAAGUUUCACUAUGAAGUAAAAUACUAGCUGUCUGGUGGUUUGAAUCUUUUUUAUUGUUAAGUAAAAUACUUUCAGUCUGGAAGUUUGCAUCUUUUGAUUGUGAAAUAGAAUACUUGCUCUCUGGAGAGUUUAUUGUUUGAUUGUAUAGUAAUAUACUUGCUGCUGGAGGUUUGAAUCUUUUUUAUUGUUAAGUAAAAUACUUUCAGGCUGGAAUUUUGCAUCUUUUGAUUGUGAAAUAGAAUACUUGCUCUCUGGAUGGUUUUUGAAUGCAUAGUAAUAUACUUGCUGCUGGAGGUUUGUCUUUUGAUUAUGGAAUAAAAUACUUGCUGUCUGGAGGAUUGUAUCUUUGGAUUGUGAGGUAAAAUAUCAAAAUCAUAUUUAUGAGAUUGUCUGAAACCUGCCCACAAAAGUAUUUUUCUUUCCAGAUUUGUAAUACAUGUUUACCUACAGUUCCAUGCAAUCACCAUUGCUCAAACACUGAAACUGCUUGUAAAUGAGAUUUUGCAGUUUUGCUAUCCAUGUGACACAUAAGUAACAUUUUUCUUUUGCUGUCUAUUAUAUCCUCAACAAAAUGUUUAUCAUCUGAAGAGUAUUUUGUAAAUAUAAAAUCUGAUUUCAAACAUUAGUGGGUAAUAUUUUUACAGUAUUGGUGUACAGAGAUUUACUUGAGCAGGGUUCUUUGUUGGAUGCUUGUGGCAUUUUUCAAUGUACUUUGUUUUUCAUAUCUUGAUUCUUUACUAAUAGUUUCAGGACUUUCAACAUGCUCUCUUGGCUCACAAUCAGUCUUACUUUGUAAAGAAAUGUGUGAACUUAUUUUUGUGACAAAUUUUUCUGUCUUUUCUCUGCAUUUUGUAGCUCCACUUUUGUAUUUAGGGGGCACAUCACCAGUGUUCACUACACCAACUUAUAGGCCGUUGUUAAGUCCUAGCACAGUUUUAUUUGGUCUCAGGAAUACUUCAAAUCACUCUUCCAGUUUAAGGAAGAGAGUUUUGGUCUAAAGAUAAUUCAAACUAAAUAGUCAUCUACAUAGUAGGUCUGGUUUAUGACCUUGCCAGAUCAAGUGAGUCCCUGAAAGUUUGUGGACUUGGGUGCAUCAUUUAUUUCUCUACCACUGGCCCAAUUCUUCAAAAACAUGGUAAUUAUUUCCAUUUGAAUUGGACAAAGGAAUCUGAGCUAGUAGAUUAGCUGUGUAUGUAUGUAUAUAAAAUAAAGUAGUGAUAGUAAAAUCUCCACACUAUUUUAUGCCCUAAAUGUAGAUGAAAUAAAACUACUAAGCAUUGGAACUCCAUAUGCUUUGUUAAUGUUUAUGCCAAAUGUCAUGUUAUCAACUGUUUACACAAACUGCGAGAACCACUGAAGAUUAUUAUUGCCAAAGAAUCUGUUUGUUGUCCCUUAAUCUAACUUAGGUGAAGCAGUUUUAUUAGCUAAAACCUUGUUUUCGAAUAAUAACAAACUUUAUUGCUACUAAAUUAGCUAAUACUAUAUCAUAAAUAUACUGUCAAGUUUUAAAUUCAUAGAAUCCUAAAAGUAAUUUCAUUGGAAGAAUCUUCAGAAAUGUGUUCGUUUUUUUCAUGAAUCAUCAAUUUUAUUUGAAAAAUAUACGUUAACUUGCAAGAUUUUAAAAUAUAAAAGCAUUAUUUUUGUAUUAUAUAAAUGUUUAUUAACCUAAUUUCUAAAAUUACAAUUUAUGGAUGAUAACUUCUUUUUGUGUUUUUCUAUAAAAAUAUACUGCAAGACUUAUUAUUACCUGGACUUUCCCUCUGUAUUUUUUUUAUUCUAGAAUGUGAAAUGUACAUAUUUUAUGUGUUUAUUUCUUUACUUAUUAUGCCAAUUACUUAUUUUUUUAUGUUUGUAAAACACUUGCAUAUGCUUUUAAUAUGAUGUUGUGUUGAUUUUAAAGUUAUGAGAACAAAAAUGUUAAACUUUAAAUAUCAAAGUUAGUAUUGAAAUUCUUUGAUUAUCCUGCAUAUUGUUAAUCAUUUAUUAAACGUUCUUUAAAUCUUUUACAAUACCUAGCACUAUCUACAUGUAUAAAAAAGAAAAAAACAACAAUUGUUUUUGAAUCAAUUCUAUUUGUGUUUUAGGUACUGACUGCAGAUUAGUAAAAUCUCUGUGUGGUUUGACUCUUGGUCCUUCAUAUUUUUGUAGUUAAAAGGUCACUUAGCUUUGUAAUUUCUCUAACAAUCGUCAAGGGCUUAGUUGAAAGUUAUUUUUCACAGUUUUGUAUAUUAGUUUAUAACAUGUAAGUAUUUACCACAUUUCAUUUCUUGAACAACACUAAUUAUGUAAUUUUUUGUUUUUCCAACAUAUUACCUUUACCAAGAUAGCAUUACGUAAAGGUACUCAUGUUUAUCGUAUUUUACGUCAUUAUAUCUAGCAUUAAAAACCACUAAAACUUCAUAAUCGUAGAAUUAUCAUCAUGAAGGGAAAUGUCGAUUUUGUUGGACAAGUUUUCACAAACAAUUUAUUGAUUGGUAAAUACUUCCAGUGGAAGGUAUCAUCAUAUAUAACUAGGGAUAUGAAACUAAUUACAUGCUAUAGCAUUUAUUGUUAGUAGUAGUAAUUUUGUUUAAAAAAACAACAUAGGUUUUUAAUCUUUCACUUUGCAAUUAAAUCUUGAGUUUAAUUCUGUGCUAUUCUUGUAGUACAUUCCAACAUCUUUGGAUUCAAACUAUAUAUAUAUAUAUUGUAUGUAUAGUAUCAUGUCAUCAUAUGGAUCUUUAACGGUUUACCAUAUCAUUAAAACCGAACUUUGCGAAUAAACUUAAUAUAUUAUCUUACUAUAAUGGAGCAAUGGCGUCGUCAUCUAUAUAUCUGUGUGUGUAAUAAGUACAAUAAUGCCAAUAUUAGAAGUAAUGAUUGAGGCUUAUGAAAUGUGGUGCCAUCUAUUCAUAACAAAAUUUUGGGUAUUCAAGAUUCAGACAAUUAGUAAAAUAACUAUGGUAUGUGCAACAACCAUUUAUUUAUAACAGAACGCAAUUUUAAAUAAAAGUUCUUUCUUUACAACAAGAACACGACUUUCACUAGUACAUUAGGGUUUGAUUAUAUAUAUAUCUCUAUUGAUGUAAUUUUUACAUGAAAUCUAGUUGCUAAUGUUAUCAAUUUGUUUUACAGCUAUAUCCUUAGUUACUUUAAUUUUUUUUAUCUAAGUUAAUAAUCACACACCAACAUAAGAGGCCCGUAAUGUAUGAUAGAUUUUACUUAUUUUUAAUGUGUUUUUUUUGGUUUUUCAGAGAGAAUAUUAUACUCUUUUUAGGUUUUGCACAAUAUAAUUGUAUAUGUCCAUGUAAUUUAAAACUGUCAUUGGUUAACAAUUACACAAAUCACAAAAUUACAAGUUAAAGUAUAGAAGAAAUGUUUUCCGUUGUUGGCUGUUUAUUAUCAAACUGUUUGAAUAACAACGAUUAACAGCUUACAGAAGUCAAAUUAGAUUAAAUGGCUCUUAAAAAAAAACAUACCAUUUACUACUGCGAGAAGUCCAAAUAAUUUUGUUUUGUGGAAUAUGUAAAAUACCUCAUAAAAAAAAUUGGUGUAAUUAAAUGCAAUAAUGAAAUUA